AUGGGUUCAAUCUCCCACUUGCCCGUGUACGGUCAUAGGCUUCUCCCCGUGGUAAUCGACGAGAUUGCACGGGACGAGCCUGAUCGCGUGCUUUUCUACACUCCCCGUAACGGACAACCGUCGCAAGGAUAUGAUAAAGUCACCACCAAGAUCUUUGCCAACUCUAUCAACCGACUGUGCGGGUGGCUUGACUCCCAACUUGGAUCGCCAACGGUAUCCAAAACAAUUGCCUACAUUGGUCAAAAUGACCUGAGAUAUUUCAUCAUGAUGAUUGCUUCCACAAAGCUGGGACAUAGACUGCUACUCUCGUCACCAAGAAACAGUGUCGAAGGACACGUGUCAUUGAUCAAACAGUCUGGCUGCGAGUUCUGGAUCGCUUCAUCUGGCCUGGACCACCACGGAUUCCUCCAAGACCUCCAGAUACCAAGCGUUGAGGCUCCAGAAUUAUCCCAGCUCCUAGAUCCAACACCCCUCAAACCCUAUGUCUACCAAAAGUCCUGGAACGAAGGAAAGUCAGACAUUCUUGCACUGCUUCACACCUCCGGCUCUACCGGCCUUCCUAAACUGGUGCCAGUAUAUCUCGAGACCGCUGCUACUGUUGAUGGCUUCCACCUCAUGGAACUUACAAAUGGGAAGAGGCCGACUGGUGUUGAGUGGACUGGCACGAGACAAUUGUGCGCUAUGCCUCUGUUCCACGUUGCUGGAAUCUGUCUCGGUCUGUACUCAGCCGUCUUUUUCAACUGGACUGUUGUUCUCCCGUCCGUAGGGCCCAUCAUGCAGCAUGUUAUCGAAGACGCGCUUGACCAUAUCACACUCGACUCAGCCUUCAUCUCACCCAGUGUCCUACAGGACAUCUCCAAGUCUCCCCGUGUGCUUGAGAAGCUGUCGAAGCUCAAAUUCAUCACGUCAGCUGGAGGACCUAUUCCUCAGUCCGUCGGCGAUCUGAUUCACCCGCGUGUACCCAUAAUGCAAACAAUGGGCAUGACGGAGGGCCAAUGGCUAGCGUCCGUGGUCACGCACCCCGAUGAGUGGGCUUACUACUAUUUCCAUCCACGGACAGGCGUUGAGAUGCGUCCUUACUCCGAAGAUCUGUCUGAGCUGGUCUUUGUGCAAAACCCUAAGCUUACUGCUACCCAACCUGUCUUCAAGACGUUCCCUGAGCUUGAUAUCUGGGAGACGAAAGAUUUGUACUCACGACACCCAAAACAUCCCAGUCUCUGGAAGUAUGAGAUGCGGCGUGAUGAUCUGGUCAUUCUGUCCAACGGUGAAAAGUUUAACCCUCUUGCUGCUGAAGGAAAGCUCAUCAGCCACCCAUGGAUUGCUGCCGCUUACCUCACUGGCCGUGGCCGGUUCCAAACAGCUGCUCUUCUGUACCCUGAUGAGACCAACCUCGACAAAUCAGACGACACCAUCAUCGACAACGUCUGGCCAACAUUUGAAGAAGUUAACAGGUCUCUUCCAGCGUUCGCUCAGAUUCACCGCGACUUUGUCAAGAUCGUUCGGACUCCAUUUCCUCGUACUCCAAAGGGUACCCUCGCUCGCAAUGAAACAGAGAAAGCAUUCACUGCCGACAUCAACGCUAUCUACGACAGGUCUACGCAUGGUAAGCCUUCUGUUCACAUUAACGGAACAACCGAAGUAGUGGUCCGUUCUGGUAUUCGAGAGGCAAUUGAAGCCGUGUCUGGAUUGGUUGACCUCAAGGACGAUGACAACAUCUUCACCAGAGGUUUCGACUCACUUCAUGUCAUUCGCCUUGCAGGACUUCUGAGUUCUGCUUUCGAUCAGCCUAUCGAGGUAGAAGUGGGUACUAUCUACACCAACCCAACCGUGUCUCAGCUCGCUCGUUCUGUUUGGUCCCAUCUUGAACACGGACCCCAGGAUAAGAUCCAUCACAGCGAAGCUACUCGAGAGAUGCUUGCCAAGUACGCUCAGGCUUUCGAACCACCUCGCGAAGCGAAGGAGCACAUCGUUAUCACAGGUACAACUGGAGAGAUCGGUUCGUAUCUUCUUGAUGUUCUUUGCAACAACGACAAGGUUGCCAAGAUUUGGUGCUUGAACCGCAGCGCCGAUGCCUUCCAACGCCAAGUAGACUCAGCUAAGUCUAAGGGCCUUUCAUCAACCUGGCAAAGUAAGGCCAAGUUCGUUCGCUACGACGUUGCAGCGGACAACCUCGGCUUGAGUCAGGAUGAUCUCCAGGAGAUCAAGAAUCAAGCCACUGCUAUCAUACAUAACGCUUGGGAGGUCAACUUCAAUCUGCCUCUCUCUUCCUUUGAGCCUCAGUUCGUCGGUCUCCAGAGUCUUGUAGACAUAUGCCGAGAGGCUCGUCAUAAGCUCCGCUUCUUCUUUAUAUCGUCCAUCAGCGCUGCCAUGAACUGGCCAUCUGACCUCUUGGGCCCCGUACCAGAAGCAAGCAUUCCCCGAUUUGAUGCACCGAUCAACGGAUAUGGUUCAUCUAAGCUUGUAGCUGAGCACUUACUCAGCAAGGCUGCGCGAUCUGGUGUCUUGAGUCUUUCAGUUCUACGAGUUGGCCAAGUUGCUGGUCCGGUCAAGACUCUUGGCGAGGGUAGCAUUUGGACUCGACGUGAUUGGGUUCCCGCUAUCAUCGAUGCUUCCGUCCAUCUGCGAGCUCUGCCACUAGAUCUCGGAACGGCAAGUAUUUUAGACUGGAUCCCCAUUGAUCUCCUAACAGAAGUCAUUGGACAGCUCGUGGUCCCCGUGAAUGCAGUUGUUGGGCAAGAGAAUUACUACAAUCUACUGAACCCUCGAACACCCAGCUGGAUAGAUGCUCUACCUGGUCUCAAGGCUCAUCUUGAGGUUUCAUUCUCAGACAAGUUUGAGAUUAUUCCUCUACAUGAGUGGAUCGGCCGUCUGCGAGGUGCAGAGAAGACCAUCGUGAAGGAGGUCAGUGAAGGGUCAUCCGAGACCGCGAGGAGGGCUCAAAGUGGUCUCAAGUUGUUGGCCUUCUUUGAGAUGCUAGCCUCUGGAGAAGAAGGAUCUCGGGGUCUUGAAUGGUCUAAGGGAAACACAUUGGCACAGAGUUCUAUCUUGGCUUGCAUGGAGCCUGUAUCAUCAGCCUGGUUUGGCACUUGGUUGACACAAUGGGGCUAUUGA